AUGGCACAAACGAUAUUUAAUCACUUGAAUGAUGAUCAAAAGACAGGAACGAAGCAUAUAUAUUUUAACCAAUCUCAAAGCCAACCAUACAUUUCGGGCGAGGAACUUUAUAUCAACGAUUACAAUGCUUCUGGACAACAGCUCAAUGGCGAAUUAGAUUUAGGAUCUUUUCCUAAUUUCCAUAAAAUCACUUUUCAUUAUGCCAUUCGAUUUAAUAUUUUAGAAAGUAUAGAUAUUAGUAAAAAUGAAAAAUUAAGCAGAAUCGUAAUAGAUGGACAAAACAGUGGUUUUUUGGAAAGUAAUAGUUUUACUUUGCUAGUUAAAGAAAUACAACUUGAUAGAAUAAUUGUAUCUUAUUAUGAAAAUAAAGGUUCAUGGUUAAAAAUAGAGAAAUAUUUGAGAAAGCAAACAAUUAUACCAUAUAGAUUAGUCGAAGAUAAAAAAUUAGAGGCUGAAGUUGCGAAUUUAAAACAAUCUAUUGCCCAAAAAGAUCAAACCAUAGUCCAGAAAGAUCAAACUAUAGCCCAAAAAGAUCGAACUAUAGCUGAUUUAAAUCAAAAGAUUCAACAAACACCUACACUUAGUCAAUUUCAAGAACUAAAUAACAUAGUUUUGAGCUGUACUGAUCUUGAUUUUAAUAGACUAAAACAAGAAAUUAAAAAACUUAAAUUGAAAGAUUUUAAUCCCCAUUUUCAAGAACAAAAAAACCACUUUGAACAAUUAACAUCUACCACUAAAAAUAAAGCAGGUGAUAGCUUAACUGCCAUUUUAGAUCUUUUCUUGCAGACUAACAAACAAAUUAUUGAUUCAGAAAAUGUAAGCAGUAAUUCUUAUACUCAAGGGCAGCUACAGGGACAACUGGUUACUUGCAAAACUCUUUUGCAAACUAAAUUUACUCCAGAUGAACUACAAAACCUGUUAAAUAAACAAAAGGAGCUUAAAGAGUUAGAAAAACAAUCUGCUAUUUUGCA